GAAUAUUUACUCGACAGAGGCACAGAUGUUUAAAACACGCCGAGAAUAAGAUAGUCAAACAUGACAGAGACAUUAAAAAAUUCCUGUGUGCUAUCACCCUCGUUUGAAAGUCCAAACCCUGCUAAAGUCCCUCGACUCCAGGCUCCACGCUGGUUGGCUGCCAUGUGGAAGAAGGUCCUAGCAAUUCUUCUUGGUGUUAUAGUUGGAUACUGGCUAAUAGAUGACUUUAAUCCAGAUGUUGUACAAGGGAAACGAGUGCUUAUCACAGGAGCUUCCACAGGUAUCGGUGAGCAGAUGGCAUAUCAUUUUGCACGGAUGGGAGCCAGUGUUAUAGUUACAGCUCGGAGGGAGCAACGUCUACAGGAGGUUAUUGCACGAUGUCGUGAGCUUGGAGGCAAGUCUGCCAUCUUUGAUUACAUCUCUGCUGACAUGUCCAAUCUGACUGACACAGAUCGAGUUAUCAGUGAGGUGAGGACUCGUCUUGGAGGGUUAGAUUAUCUAGUACUGAAUCAUAUUAUCAGUGCCCCUCUAGGGCUCUGGGUUGGUAGUACAGAAAACCUCACACAUCUUGACAAGCUGUUUGAUGUUAACUUCAAGGCAUAUGUUCAUCUGACAUCACAUGCUCUUCCUCUACUUACACAGAGCAAGGGUCAUAUCAUCGUCAUGUCAUCACUAUCAGGAAAAAUAGCCCAACCAUUCACAGUAGCUUACUCGGCUUCCAAAUUUGCUCUGAAUGGGUUCUUUAACGGUUUACGCCAGGAGCUUAAGAUGAAGAAUUGUGAUAUUUCUAUAACACUUUGUGUUAUCGGAUUUGUGGGUACAGAGAAUGCUGUACGAGAGUUGGAAAAUUUUCGUCAAGAUUUUUUACUGAAAAGCGUUCCACCAGAGGAUCCUUCAGAUGCUGCUCUCGCGGUGAUAAAGGGCGGGGCAACGGGUGUUAGGGAACUACAUUUCCCAUACUUUUCUAUGAAGCUUGUGACUCUACUCAGGGACAUUGUUCCACAGACUGUGGAACUGUUUUUUAGACAAGUUUAUCAGUUAAACUCCUAGCAGCUGUGUACUCUUGUGUAAAUGAUGUGUCUUAGUGUUAUUCAACUCUUGUUAACAAAUUGUGAAAAAUUAACAUAAAUCUUUUUUGUUCUUGUACUUACUGUUGAGUUUAUAGUUUUUCCCUUGAAACGAUAUCUAUAUCAUAAUGAUAUUAUCUGGAUGGUACACGAUUUAUCAUGUAACGUUACUGUAUGAACCUUAUAUGUAAUCCAGACACAGAUAGUAUUUCCUGUCGAAGCUUUGUAUAAUUCAGGGCCAGUAAAAUCCAGAUACUGACUGUUGUGGUACUAUUGUUUAUCAAAGCUCUGUUUGAUUCGGAGCCAAUCCAGAUAUCAACUGUUGUGGUACUGUUACUUAUCAAAGCUCUGUUUGAUUCACAGCCAGUCCAGAUAUCGACUGUUGUGGUACUAUUACUUAUCAAAUCUCUGUUUGAUUCGCAGCCAAUCCAGAUAUCGACUGUUGUGGUACUAUUGGUUAUCAAAGCUCUGUUUGAUUCAGAGCCAAUCCAGAUAUCGACUGUUGUGGUACUAUUGGUUAUCAAAGCUCUGUUUGAUUCGGAGCCAAUCCAGAUAUCGACUGUUGUGGUACUAUUACUUAUCAAAGCUCUGCUUGAUUCAGAGCCAGUCCAGAUAUCGACUGUUGUGGUACUAUUGUUUAUCAAAGCUCUGUUUGAUUCGGAGCCAAUCCAGAUAUCGACUGUUGUGGUACUAUUGUUUAUCAAAGCUCUGUUUGAUUCAGAGCCAGUCCAGAUAUCGACUGUUGUGGUACUAUUGUUUAUCAAAGCUCUGUUUGAUUCGGAGCCAGUCCAGAUAUCGACUGUUGUGUUACUAUUGUUUAUCAAAGCUCUGUUUGAUUCAGAGCCAGUCCAGAUAUCGACUGUUGUGGUACUAUUACUUAUCAAAGCUCUGUUUGAUUCGGAGCCAAUCCAGAUACUGGUGGUUUGGUUAUAUCUAUUUUCUAUUUAUUAUUUUCUGUUAGAAAGCAGGAUUAAUUUUCUGUUAGACAAUAGAAUUAAUAUUUUCUGUUAGAGAACAAGAUUUAUUUUCUAUCGAGAAAAUCAUUGUUGUUAUGAUGUUUUUGCUUACUAUUUUUUUUAGUUUAGAAGUUGUUUCAUAGAUUUUUUUAAAUCCAAGACAAUAUUGUUACAAUGGCUGUAUCCCAGAACACAUAAAUACUAUAAACAUGUACCUGGAACUUUGUUUUUACAGUGAUUAUAGUCUAUAUCAUUAAUGUUAGUCCGGUUUUUACAGUGAUUAUAGUCUAUAUCAUUAAUGUUAGUUCGGGUUUUACAGUGAUUAUAGUCUAUAUCAUUAAUGUUAGUUCGGUUUUUACAGUGAUUAUAGUCUAUAUCAUUAAUUUUAGUUCGGUUUACCUGUGUUCUUACCUGUGGUUCUCACCUGUACAUGUAUAAAAAAAACUCAGCCAAAAAAAGGCGUUAAAUUGAACUUUUAGUGCUGUAAAUAAGUUUCUUCUUUGAAGUUAUCAUUAAUGUUAAUCUUUUAAUAUUUGUAACUAAUGUCCUUCAUGUAACUUUGCAGUCGAAAAUAAAAAAUUACAGGUUGAUCCACAAGUAAAAUAUCUCAGGUAAAUGCAGUACUUAUAUGAAACAGACUAUAAUUACCCUCCCUUUGAUGUUUCUACCUAUUGUCCUGGACAUGUGUGCAUUCAGGGAACACCCCGUUACAAUUUAGGCAGUAGCACAAUUUGUCACGUGACAUGUUUGUUUCUGUUUCGGUGUUUCGUUGGUCGAUGAUAUCUAUGUACAGAAGAAAUCAAAAGAUUAAUGUUCACAUAAUUAUUUCCACAUAAUUGUUAUAAAGAUCACUUGAAAAAAAAAUAGAUUUCUACAUAUCUCUUAUAUCUAAUUUUAGAAUUUAUAUUCUAUAAGUUGAUGAUCUUGUCUGUGACAAGUUUUGUUCAGUCUGAUAAUGGAGCUGACUUCUAAUCCAUUAGGCCUGUGAUGAAAAUCUAUAUUUUGUCUACUUCAUAAUUACCUUCUUAUGAAAGAGAACAAACUUUGUAAUCAGAACAUUUCCAAAAAUAUAACUUUUUUUAUGAUUUUGUUGUAUACUAAAUUUUUUAAUUCAAUUUUCAUGUAUUAUACAGUAACAUCAUUAAAUGCCCUAGUUAUGUCCCCUUGGUGAGAUCUCUAAAGAUGUUUAUGAUUUUGUGAGGUGUAUUACCCCAGAGUGUUCUUGAUUAAUUUCCUUUUUACCUCAGCUGUCUUGAAAUCGGACAUUUAAUUCAAAGUUUCUUCAAAGAGCAUAUCACAAUAUUUAGAUAGAGACAUCCCUACCCAAAAAUCUAGAUAGGGACAUCCCCCUGGGAACCAGUCAACUCAAAAAUCUAGAUAGAGACAUCCCCCUGGGAACCAGUCAACCCAAAAAUCUAGAUAGAGACAUCCCCCUGGCAACCAGUCACCAGGCCCAAAAUGAUAGACUGGAACUGUUUGAAUUAGAUUCUCAUGCCAUAGUAUCUAGAUCCUGAGGAGAGUGAUUAAUCACAUCAUCACUAAAACAUAUAGGACCGCAUGUUUGAAACAUCAAAAUGGGGCUUGACUUAUAAUAUGGCAUAUUGAAUCUGUGCUUGAUAUAUUAUUUACAAUAUCUUGGCUUACACAGCAGACAGGAUGGAAAAAGGCACCUUAUUUUAGUACAUCAAGUAGGUUUCUAUUGAAGAGGAGUUCCAAAUGGUCUGAAGAGGAGUUCCAAAUGAUAUGAUAUGAUAUGAUAGAUAAUGGACGCAGGCAUUCUUAUACCUCUAUAUCGUUAAAUUAUAAAAAGACAUAUAUAAUUAAUGGUCACUUCCAGUAAAGGAUUUGACACUAGCAAGAUGGUUAAAUUUUAGUUCUAAGUAUUCCCUCAUCUUUAGGAAAUCAUGUUAUUGGCAGCUUUGUUCUCACAUUUAAUCUGUAUACUUUGUAUUAAAAGGCUGUGAGUAAGAGAGAAAACUUUUUAGCUGAGGGAGACAUUUUUGUAACUUCAAGAGAUAAUUCCACAGUUACAGGAUGAAUCAGUCCUACCAGGUGACUUGAGUCUGUGAGUUCAUGUAUCAGACAGGUAGGAGGGCAGAAAAAGUCUUAUCAACAGCUUUAUAGGUCGUCUAAAACACCAACUAGAUAAUGUGGUUUUAAAGAAUUAAAAAUUUGACUGUGUUUAACGCAGCUUUCUAUAAUUUUUUUCCCUUAUUCCUUCAUUUGUAAUUGUUUACUUUGAUAUGGCUAUACAUUUUACGUACGGGGUUACAGAUGAGGGUAAAGCAAUGAAGGUCACUGAAUGAUUGUCGUUAUGUAUACACAGGGAUUUGUUUUAUCUUAUUCAAGCAAUACUCAUUUUAUUUAGUCCAUGAUGUUCAUACAAGUUUUCAAUUUUUUAAAUGUGAAUGAAACAGUAGUAAUUUAUUCAUUUUGUAUUGUCAUUAUAAUGAUUAAAAAUGUUGAAUAUCAAA